AUGAAGCGGAUGAGAUCACAGCGAGGGGAGAGGGAACUUGUCCUGCGAGCAACCCAACUCGUGUCGAACGAGUUCAAGGACGUGUCUGAGGAGAGUUACAUCCAGCGAGGGCUGAGGGAAGAAAAGAGCAUGUUAUGCUUGCAGCUCAAGAGAAUGUGCUACUUGGCUGGAACUCGUUGGAUGAUCGAUGGAGACAGGGAGGACUUGAUGUCUCUGCUGCAGUUCUUGUACUUCUUCUCCGACCCCUCCCUCCCGCAGCGAUGGCAGGAGGCGCCCGCUGGCACUUUCAGGAGCAUGCGGGGAGAGAUCCUGUUCAGCAUUGUGCAGGAGGGGCGCCUCUACACAAGCAUCAGGCUCCUCCUCCUCGACCCGUCCUGGCAGGACAUGGAUGCUGCAGGGUCCAACCAGAAGCCCGCUGGUCAAUUCCAUCUAAUCCUCAGCUCGCUGCUCUGGGCCAUCGCGCUGCACCCUCUUAGCCACUCGUCGCCUCCUCCUGGCAAGCAGCAUGCGGUGGCCUUCGAGUUCGCUCGGGAGAUCCUCUCCAUCCCUCAGGUCCUGAGCAAAGUUCCUGCUAUGAUUCAGAGCUCCCUCACUCACCACACUGUCUGGCCCAAGCUGAUUUAUGCGAUCGGCAACAGCGAGGCUGCAUCGGACUCGUCAGGGAAGCAGCAGCAGCAGCAGCAGCAGCAGCAGCAGCGACGGCAGAUAGGUGCGACUGCGGUGGCAGCAGAUCGAGCGAUGGAUCUGUUCACCAACGUCGUCGAGAUCGCCAACGUCAGGCCCAUCCACGGCCUCCAGCCGCUCUACCUCUCUGCUCUGUUGAGGCUCGUCGACAAGAUUCCGAGCAGCGGCUGGACGAUGUCUAAGAUCCAAGCCCAGCAGCUCGCGCCGCUGCAUAAGCCGAAGCACAUCCACUGGCUGUUGCUGGGGUUGGGAGGUAGAGGGGAGGGAGAGGAAGGGAAGGCGCUUGAGAUAGGAGCCGAGCUGAAGAUAGAAACCCUCAGUCUCAAGAGCUGGAGCUUCGUGGAGUGGUCGAAGAUCUACUCUGACGUCCGGAAGCUGAGAAAUUCUGAUGGGAAACCCAAGUACACGAACGAGAUCGUCUCCUUCUGCCAGCUGUAUGGGAAGCUUCUUCGUCUCUGGACGGUGGCGAACGUUCAGGUCUUGAACGCCAUCUCCUUCGACAGCCCUGUGCACGUGAGCCUCUGGUCAUGGUUGCGAUGCUCGAACUUGCUGCAAGGAUACAUCGAUGAGGGAACAGAGGCCGGGAUAGUGGGGGAUGUAGCCUUCCUGUUCUGCAAGUGCUACCUGCACCGCCUCAUGGUCACUGACGACACUGAGUUCUACGAGCAGCAGGUCAGGACCUGGUUCCCUUCCCUCUGA